AUGCGGUCGUUAUUUUCAGUCCUUCAAAGGACUGCCCCGACAGCCUGGACACUUCCAGUCCGCGGUGCGCAGAGUAGCGCCCCUGCAUGGAAGGUGGACUCUAUCUGCACCCGAUGUCGUCUACAGCAGAAGCGCCAAUUCUCGAAGUCGCGCCAACUGACCGAGAGUUUGCUGAAUGUCGACCACCCGGCAAAGCUUGUACGAGUCAAUCAGAAACAUGGACCUGGCUUGAUUAUUCUUGCUCUGAUCCCGAUUAUCGCCUUCGGCCUGGGCACCUGGCAAGUUCAACGCUUGGACCGGAAGACAAAGAUGAUUGCCAGGUUUGAAGACCGCCUAAUCAGACCUCCACUUCCGCUGCCGCCGCGGAUUGACCCCGAUGCGAUUGCCGAGUUUGAUUACCGCCGUGUCUACGCUACUGGCCACUACCUUCACGACAAGGAGAUGCUAGUUGGACCUCGCAUGAACGAGGGUGAAGAUGGGUUCCUCGUUGUGACGCCUCUGGAACGUGGUGAUGGUCAAAGUACCGUGCUGGUCAACCGGGGCUGGAUUUCUCGGAAGUUGAUGAACCAGAAGGACCGGCCGGAGGGACUGCCAACGGGAGAAGUUACCGUGGAAGGACUGCUACGAGAGCCGUGGAAGAAGAAUAUGUUUACGCCAGAGAACAAGCCCGAGGAGGGCAAGUUCUAUUUCCCUGAUAUUGAGCAGAUGGCUGAGUUGGCGGGCAGUCAGCCCGUUUGGAUUGAAGAGACUAUGAUACCUGAUCUGCUUGAGACGUACGAUCGCAUCGCCAAGGGACGGCCCCUUGGUCGCGCCGCGGAAGUCAACUUGAGGAACAAUCACGCACAGUACAUUUUCACAUGGUACGGCUUGUCCCUAGCCACAUCCAUCAUGCUGUGGAUGGUGGUGCGCAAGAAGCCCAAUGAUGCCCUGCGUCGGGUGCGCCAGAACCGCAACUGGGCAUAG